AGUCUCAAGGCGGUGUUUCUGCCCCCGCCCGCCUCUCGCAGUUUUCUGGGCGGGCGGGAAAAGCGCUCGCGCAGUCAAACAUUUGAGUCCGCGCUGAAAAGUCGCUUGUGAUUUAGACCUACUUACUGUGACACUUAUAACCUUCAUACACAAUGGCUCCCAGGAACAAGGAACAAGAGCAGGAGGUUCUUACCUGGAUCAGCGACGUGCUCGGCGAGCCACUGCCCGCUGGAGCCUACGAGGACGUGCUUAAAGAUGGCGUCGUCCUGUGCAAACUGGCCAACAAACUGGCACCCGGAUCGGUGAAGAAGAUACAGGAGAGGGGAACCAACUUCCAGCUUAUGGAGAACAUUCAGAGGUUCCAGGCUGCAAUUAAGAAGUACGGAGUGCCAGAGGAAGAGAUCUUCCAAACUGCUGACUUGUUCGAGAGGCGUAACAUCCCGCAAGUCACUCUCUGCUUAUACGCUCUAGGCAGAAUUACGCAAAAGCACCCAGAGUUCACCGGACCCCAGCUUGGCCCUAAAAUGGCCGACAAAAACGAGCGUACCUUCACAGAGGAGCAACUCAGGGCCCACAACGCUGAACUCAACCUUCAGAUGGGCUUCAACAAGGGAGCUUCUCAGGCCGGCAUCGGUGGCUUCGGAAACACCCGCCAUAUGUAAACUAACUCCUUUGAUGUAUACUCGCCUGGUACAUGUAGAUGUUUACUCUACAUUGUAUGAGCGAAAUCGGUUACUACCAGUAUUAAAAUUAUCUUAACUGCUUUGUGCUAUUCCCGUAGUUGAAUAUCUACGCAAUCUGGAUUAUCUUCCGCGGAGGCUUGUGUGGAAAGAUUAAAAGUUUUUAGAUCUAACGCAUAAGAUGAUGUUUUUGUAAGUUAAUCAAUAAGUUUAUUUUAUAAAUAUUUUUUUAGAAA